GAGUUUCGCCUCUGUGAUACUGUAAACUACUCCGUGGUGAUAGUUCAGAAACAAACAUGGCGAAGAGUUUGGGGUUAGAUAAACUCGUCAGGUUCUUUCAAAUAAUAAAGGACAAUGGUGGUAUUUUCAACUCCAUACGCACUAUCUACAGAAUGGACGCAUUGAAAAGUGGAACCUUAGUAGGUGUAGAUAAAUACGGAAACAAGUAUUACGAAAAUAAUCGAUAUUUCUAUGGUACUAAUAGAUGGGUGGUAUACUCUGAUCAAUAUGGCAUGGAUUAUGAUGGUUCUCAAAUUCCGGUAGAAUGGUUUGGUUGGAUGCAUUACAAAACAGAUUUAGUUCCUCACAAGGACCCAACACGACCCAAAUAUAAAUGGAUGGCAGAGCAUAAAGUAAACUUGUCUGGUACUGAUAAAGCUUACAUGCCUUAUAGUACUACCCCACCAAAAAUUGAAGCUUGGAAGCCACCACAGUAAUCCAGUUUUGCUGCGUUCAGUUAAGAAAUAGCAGCAAAUAGAGUUAUAACAGUGAUAUAUAUAUAACAUGUAAUUAAAUGUAAAUAAAGUAAUUAUUUAUCUUAGAAAUA